GGGCAGGUAGAGAUGAUCGCUUAGCACGCUAUGUAAGUGGACCACUACUUGGCAAAGCGUAAAAGGAAUCUGAAGUAGGGAAGCAAGAACGGAUACAGGGGAGACGACAAAAUUGCUUUGACAAAGACUGGUGUUAGUUUUUUGACAUUCCUGUAACUAAAAUCAAAGGAUGAUUGGCAUAACUAUUGCCUUUGCAGUGAGCCUGGAUAAUAGGCCUAAAAGUGAAUCUUUUUCUAAAUCCACUGGAUAGUUAGCAUUUUUGUGGACUUCUCAAGCUACUUUUCCCCUAUACUUUGAGAAUGCUGCUAAGAAUGCAAAUAUUUUUUGCUCUAAGCAUCCUAGGGAUGGUUUGCGACGCCGCAAGACCAGUGCGCUCAUUGUCACGCGCUGUAUCAAGAAAAGGUCCCGCAGAAGUCAGCAAGUUUGACAGAAACAUAGAAGAAUUGAUAGAGCGAAUACACGAUUUAUCCAACGAAAAUCACAACGUUGAUGCCAAUACCAGGGGCGGUAUCAGCGCAGACGAAAUUUUAGAGGACCCACAUGUCAGGACAGGUGGCACCGUGUUAGAGGGCAUUGACUUGAGCGCUUAUUAUGGUGUUCUGGGCAAGUUAUUUGACAUGUAUAGACCACUAAUAGAAGAUGGAUUUAUUGAAAACCUCCCUAAAACGUUUGUGUGCAUUUUGUCUGGGAGAACGGACUGUGGCUUGGCGGCAGAAUUGACAAAGACUGUAUCACUUGAGCUUGGCAAACCGCUACUGUCGUUUCUAUCAUCUGUCAAAUCUCAGACAUGCACAAGAAGCAGUACAAGUUCAGAGUCACUUUUUCAAAGAUCCUACCUCAGAGUAGACGAUUCCACAGUAGAACAAUUCAGUGCUUUUCAGGAGAUAAUGACUGCUUUGUCACAUCUUUCCUUAUCUGAUAAAGUUAUGUCUGCUUGGACUGGUCUAAUAGACAUGACAUUUCGUACAAUAGUGACACAUGGUUCAGAAUUCAUAUUGACGUUUCUCCAAACCCCAAUGGACUAUGUAAAAAUAGCAUUGCAAUUUGGAAUUGCAAUUCCCUCUCUGGAACAAAAUGAACAAUGUCAGCAAGGGGAUCUAAAGCAGCUCCUGAUGUGGGGUAUACGUCACAAUGUGAGCUGGUCCUUUGGUGACUCCAUCCUGGAUAUGUUCCUGGCUCCAGAAUCAACGCUGUGCAGCUACCCAGGCCCAGACUGCCAGAGCCUCCCCACAGUCUCCUUCAGCCGUACCCUCAAAGCGGUAGAGGACAACCCCACUGCCCUGCUGAGGUGUGACCACGACAACCUAGCCAGUUUCAACGACACCCUGUGCGCUGACAUCAUCACAGUGGGCCUACAGAGCUCCUCAACACUUUCCACUUUCUGCAACGCUCUGAGCAUCCUGAACCCCACUGAGGUGGAACAGGUGUGGAGUAACACCUGUCAUGUUAUCCAGGCUCUACUGUUGCCCCUCCUGGAGGACAGGUCUGACUGCAGUGGGGACAUCCCGCCCCCCCCCUCCCCCAGGCCCACGGGUCUCAAGAUCCCUCAGCCUCAGCCAGCUGCUGUGCAACUACGGCAACUGGACCAAUGACGUGGACGCAGGCCUGGUGACACUGUGUAGUGAAAAUGACAGGCAUGAAUUCAUCCUAGCGGUGUGCAGCAAUGUCCAGCUAAUGCAGGCAUUGAUGAACAACAAUCCUAACAAUAGCUGGCUGUGGAAUUUCUGUGUUAACUCCUCUGAUGGAUACAUGGUGAGUCAGUUCUGUAGGUAUCAGACCUGGACGCGGAGACAGUCGACCCAACCAUGGUGGCCGUCUGCUGGGACCAGGACAAGGAGAGGCUGAAGAUCCUCCUCUGUCAGAACUUGGACUUCUUUACUGUUGUGUUUUCCCAUGUCGACAACAACUGGCUGCAGCUGAACUGUACAGAAGCCCCGACACAGCCAGAUAUAAACUCUCUGGUGGCGGCUUCCUGCCAGUACUCAGAAUGGCAAAACGUGAUGGAAAUCACCAUAGAGAUGAUAUCCAUGUGCAUCCAGAAUGAUGACAAGGGUUUUGUACUGGAGGUGUGCGCCAAUGCCACCUUUCUGAAGAAACUGCUCCGUAAUAGUGCUACUGUAUGGGUUGGAGAAUACUGCACUGUCUCCCUUAACUCUCCACCCACCAACCCGCCUGUGGUGUUCAGCGUCCUAGACUGGUGCAACUAUGAUAAGUGGAGCAAGGUGCUGGUGGACCCGUCGAUGGUGGAGCUCUGCUGGCGACACGACCAGAUGGGUUUUAAUAAGAACGUGUGCUGCAACAUGCCCCUGUUUGAGAAGCUCACCUUAGAGCCCCAGAACGAGUGGCUCAUGUCUGUCUGUGUCGACAAGGAGACCAAGGACAUCCUGCCCCAGGUGUGCCAAUACUCUGACUGGAACAAGCCCAUCAUUGUAGACAUGACUGACCUGGCUCUCUGUGCUGAGCUGGACUCUCUGAACUUCACUCAGAAGGUGUGCGCCAACGCCACGGUGCUCCAGAACCUGCUAGCCAACCCUGACAAUACAUGGCUAUUGGCGUAUUGUGUGAACCACACUGGCCCCGGCGGUGGAGGGGGACAGGGAGGAGGCCUGAUGGGGUUUAAGCCAGUAGAACAAUGCCAGUACCACAGCUGGGCAGUGGCACUUCCUGACGCCUCUCUCCUGACCCUGUGCUGGGACUACGACCAGGCCAACUUUGUCUCAUCCAUCUGCACCAACACUGGCCUACUCUCCCUGCUCACCAAGGAGCCCUACAGCCUGUGGGUGGGCACGCUCUGUACCAACUACACCAAAGGAAACAGCCAGGGAAAAACCAACAGCACCUCCGCAGACUCCCAGCCCUGCCUGGUCAGAGACAUUGUGAGGAGGCUGAACUGGACUUGUACUGCAGACUUCAGCCCAGCCUGUCAGCCAGGCUCCAGUCAGACGCAGGCUCUGCAGCUGCUUUUGCGCUGCGGGGUGAAGGCCCUGCAGCAUCGCUUGGAGGGUCUCCUGACCACACACAUGGCCUCUGUGGUGGACCAGGCCACCAGUGUGACCGUGGUGCUGCUGGUGGCCCUGGAGGAGAGCCAGAUGACGUCCCUACGUGUGACUGAAAACAUCCGCUUCAAUGUGCUAAAGUCUGUGGUGCUCUAUCUAGAGAAGGAGACCAACUUUGACAACAAGAGGGUACUGCUGCAGUGCUUUGGGAAAGUACUGACCAGUUUGAUGCAGACAGGAAGACAUGGGAACAGUGAUGGAUUUUUCCUCAUCAAGGAGUAUUUCCGUAUCCCUCUGGCCAGUCUGAGGCCAGUGCUGAGUGCAGUGGACAUCACCACGGUCAGACAGAUACUGCAGUACUUCAGCAGGAACCAGGGAACAUUGCAGUUUACAGAUGACUACCUAGGCACCAUGGUAUCUGUGCUUUUCCAGACCCACUUGGUCAGGGACGGGAGUCUCUUUCCUGAACUGGUACCCCUACUUGCCCUGGUCAACCCUGCAGACAUCCAGUCACUGCCCCCCUUACAGACCAACCUCAUAGUGAGAAAUACCAUCAACAGCAACAUCAGGAGCCUGUCGGUGGAGCAGCGCAGGGCCUUUGGGAGGUGGUACAGCCGAGCCCUCAGCUCCCUCAACAUGACAGCCGGCGGCCCCUCCUUCAUCAGGGACACUGGUAACCUGAUCGUCUACCUGCCCUUUCACAGCUUCCAGCACCUAUCACCUGCUCAGCUGUUGGUUGGAAUGGAUGUGUUGCUGAUGAACACCCUAAGCCACCUACAACAGCAGUUUGUGGCUGAGAGCCUCAUAAGGACCUUCAGAAAUCUAACAGUGGAACAAUUCAGGAGGCUUGGCAACCUGACGUGUCUGUCAGACCCAAAGGACCUGCAGGUGUACAGAAACACAGAGGCCUUCUCUGUGAUUCAGGACAACAUUAGGGCAUGUGUUUCCCAGGGCCUCAGGGGCCCCAGUGACAUGAUCUCCAGCUUGUUCCUGAAUGGGAGUGAGCUUCAGUCUCCUGGCUCUCUCUCCGCCGGCCGAGUGUCUCAGCUGGCUCCCUUCUUGCCCUGGCUGGGUGUGGACUUCCUGCAGAAGCUCAGCCAAUCCCAGCUCAGCCCUGCGCUGACAGCCCUGGCCUCUGUGCCCUUCACUCCUGCACAGGCCAGUGUAAUUGUGGACAAAGUGUCUCUAAACAACAGUCUGGCUCUGCCGGGGCAGCUGCAGAAGCUGGGCUCUCUGGUGAGUGGGGUGAAGGUUGAGACUCUGUGGAACUUGCCCUCUGACAUCCUGCUGUCCUCUCUGCCUGACAUCGCCCUGCACACGCCGGGCCUCAACCCCUCACAGGCCAACACCAUCACCACCAAACUCUGGGACUCACCAGAGGUGACUGGCUGGUUGGAUAAGGUGGAGCCCCUGCUCCCCAGCACCCCUCUACUCAGUGUGCUGACCAGGGCUAGUCUGCUGUUGACCAACAGAACCUUGGCAGGAAGACGAGCCUGGAACACUCAGCAGGCUAAAACUCUUUUUAAAGAAGCAGUGAAGACCAUGCCCAAUCUUUCCACUGAGACGUUUCUUGCCCUUGGAAGCAUUGCUCGAGGUGUAAGCUGCACAGCCCUGCGACAGCUCUUCCGGGACAAGCCAACAUUUUCCUCAAUGCGGAGUGUCCUUGCAUUCAUGAAAAAGCAGUCUGUUCCUCUCCAUUCCUCACUGAAAAAGUGCAUAAUCGAGGAGCUGUACUACUUUGACUUCUCUGAGCUGCUGGGAGAGUUUGGCGCUCAGAUCGCACUGGCCCUGCCGGUGAACACUAUUAAGAAGUUCCCUGCCGACAUGAUGGACACUCUCAGGAAGAUGAUUGUGAAGGACUCCCAUCACUUCCUGCUCCUACCCAGUAAAAAACAGGAAAUUCUGGUGGACAAGAUGGUGCAGAGACUUGGCAUGUACACGGGGGAGUUCACUGAGGAUGAGUUCCGUUCACUGGGCAUCAUGGCGACCUACGUAGUGGAUGAAGUGUUUCUGCAGCUGGUGCGGCGCUUCUUUGUGGAGAGCCUUGAGUUCCUCCGAGAGUUCUGCUAUAACAGCAGCAAGAGGGACAUCGUCGCACAGAUCCUACAGGAGCCAGGCACUUUCGGCCCCAUUCAGAACUGGACCACUGAGACACUCAAUCAAGUGGACAGAUUCUUAUUCUUCCUUCCCAAAGAGAUGCUGCAGCAGAUUCCCCAGGCCCUGAUGACCCAUGGGCGUAUAGAGAGGCUGUUUCUGAGUCAGCGCCGGUGGGAGUCGGGUGCUGUUGGGGCCCUCUGCAUUCAGGGUCGGGACCAGGUUGAACAGACACAGCUGUUUGAGAGGCAACAGUUUGUUCUUCAGAACUUCCUGGGUUUUCUCAAAGUGGGGCAGGUCACACCUCCUGCAUUGAUGCCCACAUGUGAAAAGCUGCGUGCAACACAGCCUUCAGCCUGGAGUACAGACAGCUUGACAGGCAUGUCGUCUGCCGCCUUCAGCUGUAGUCUAGAGCUCUUUGGCCAGGACCCCUUCUUUUCAGCAUACCAACAGAAAUUACUCCUCCAGAAAACUAAAGAGAUCUAUGGAGCGGCCAGCUCCUUCUCCUCGUCUGUGAUUACUCAGCUGGGUCGUAUAGCCUCCCAGCUUUCAGUGGCAGAGCUGAGUGUGAUCCGGCUGUCUGAGCUGAGCACCAUCUCUGCACUGGGGGCAGUCAGCACCUGGAACAGCAGACAGCUGGCUGUGCUGUCCUCCUCUGUGCUCAUCUCAACCCAGGUGGCUCCUAGUCAGCUGGACUCCAGCACCCUGGUGGCUAUGGGACACAUACUGUGUGGGAUCAAGGUCUCAGACAUGCGCUCCCUGAAUGCAGUGGAGUUCAGUAAGGCAGUUCUGUGGCUGGGCCGUCUGCGGCUGUCCUGUUCAGAAGAGCAGCAACAGGCUUUAACGGGACUGCUGAUCCAUAGCCUGGCUUUUGGACCCGUUAGCUCCUGGGGCCCUGAGGUCUUCAUUGAGGUUGGAGCACUGGCAGCUGGCCUCCCAGAUAUGGCCAUGUCUUCUUUGGUGAGGGAGCAGAUUGAAGGAUUUACACCUCUGGCUGUGUCCCUCAUCCGGGCAGACAAGUUUGCUGUCGUGUUUGACCCAGCCCAGAUCAGCAUGUUCUCCUAUGAACAGGCCAAAGCGGUGACUGAAGCCCAGCGCUUGUGUUUGUCCCCUGUGCAGCUGACAGCUAUGUCUAUGGUGCUGACCAUCUGGGAAGACAAACCUGUUGACUUCCGUGGCAGUUCAUCAGGGCUGGCACUGUGCCCUAGUCCUCUCUGUCAUCUUCUGGGACUGCUGAUGGUGCUGUUAGUUUCUGCUCUGUAAUGGCCUCCCCUUCUGAUGGAUAACCCCCUUACUCCCAAUGGGCCACGAGGACUCUCUCCCACACAACUACCAUGUUAAACAAUAAGUGUCAUAUAUUUGAGUAGCCCUGCAGGCUAUUGUAAUGUAUGAUUUGAUAAUGGGUGGAUAUUUAUUUCUAUCAGCAAAUCAUAUCAAAUUGGUCACACACAUAUUUAACAGAUUGUAUUACUGGUGUAGCGAAAUGCUUGUGUACCUAGCUCCAACAGUGCAGUAAUAUCUAACAAUUCACAACAAUACAAACACAUCUAAAAGUCAAAAUAUUGGAAUUAAGAAAUAUAUAAAUAUUAGGACAAGCAAUGUCGGAGUGGCAUUGACUAAAAUACAUCAGAAUAGAAUACACUAUAUACAUAUGAGAUGAGUAAAGCAGUAUGUCAACAUUAUUAAAGUGACCAGUGAUUCUAUGUAUAUAGGGCAGUAGCCUCUAAGGUGCAGGGUUGAGUAACCGGCUAGUGAUAGCUAAUUAACAGUCAGAUGGCCUUGAGAUAGAAGCUAUUUUUCAGUCUCUUAGUCCCAGCUUUGAUUCACCUGUACUGACCUCGCCUUCUGAAGAGCCAUCCAUUUGCUAUUGGCCUAUUCUCUGAGUGAAGAAAAAAAUAUUUCUGCAUUUUAUUGCACAUUGCUGAGUUGUAGUCGUCAGUUUAGGCUGACAGUUAUUUUGUUAGGUUUAAGGUUGAAUAACAUCUUAUUUUAUUGCUUAAAUGUAAUUGUUUUAAAUGGAAAGAGAAGGGUAAUCAUGUGUUUCUAUCUCAAAGUGCAGUGAUAUUUUCUAUUAUUUGAGCAUUAUGUUUCUAAAUUGUUUUUAAAUCCUUGUCUAUCUGUAAAGUAUUUCGGCAACAAUUUACAUUGUGCUUUAUAAAGGGUAUGUUAGUGGUUUAUAAGUAGCCCAGUAGACUCCUUUUCUAAAGUUAAGUGUUACAGAAAUAUUGGUAACACAAAAAUAAUCUAGCCUAUAUAACACUCUCAUUGCAAAUCUUUUUGGGGCAUUUAUUCCAUGUAUUGUAAUUGCUGUGAGUUUUGUUUUGUGUGAAUGCUCAGGCAAAAAUAUGUUGCUAAUAAAUAACUUCUACAUUGUA